GUACUCCUGUGCUCCUGCUGUGCGUUUCGCUCUUUGCUUGGAAGACAAAUUUUAGAAAUAAUGGCUGCCUGGAACAUUGCUAGGAGAGCGUGGGAGUGUACUCCUGGAUUGGCUACUUCUGUGUCCCGUUUAAUGGUCUUUGAUUUGGCCUCUGUAAAUUCCAGAAGUUUCAGCUGUCUCAGGGUGCUCUUAAACGAACGUAAGUAUUCUAAAGAUCAUGAAUGGAUAGAGACUGUAGAUGGAAUUGGUAAAAUUGGAAUCACAAAUUAUGCACAGGAUAAGCUCGGUGAUGUUGUUUAUGUUGAUCUGCCAGAAGUUGACAGUGAAUUUUCAUCAGGAGAUAUCUGUGGUGCAUUGGAAAGUGUCAAGGCAGCCAGUGACCUGUUCUCGCCUGUUUCUGGGACAGUAACAGAAGUAAAUGACAAUUUAUCUGAUUCACCUGGUUUAAUUAAUUCCUCGCCAUAUGAAGAAGGUUGGAUAAUGAAGAUGAAAUUAAAAAGUCCAGAGGAGCUUAAUGAAUUGAUGACUGAAGAAGAUUACGAUAAAUUUGUCCGCGAAAUGGAAACAGAUUGAGGUAUAUGCUUUACUCUGGACGAUCCAGUUUUCUAUUUUUGUGACACUUGAAUUCGUGAAUAUAGAAUUUCGUCAAUUGCUUUAACAACUAAAUUUGUUUCAAGUUAACGGGGUAGGAAACUUUUCAGUAAGAAUUGCCGUGGUGAAAUUAAAAACAACGUUUAUUGUGUUGGAUGUUUAUUGUAUUGCACUUCUUACUUGUUGGUGGCUUUCAUAUUCAUACUCCUGUUGAUAAUGAA